GCAUCGACGACCUCACCAGCCUGACAAUCUCAAACCAAGAAAAAGACUAAGAAGAAAACAUCACGUCAUGCCCGAAUUUCAAGCCGGACCCGGACUCUUGUUGGUCUUUGCCGAGCUCGGCGAAAAGGUCACCGAAGAGCAGUUUCACGACUGGUACGACAACGAACACAUCCCCCUCCGAACCUCCUCCCUCCCCGAGUUCAACACCGCCGCCCGUUACGUCGCCCAUGACAACAAAGAGCCCAAAUGGGCCGCCAUGUAUAGUAUCAGCGAUAACACCCUCUUCGGUGAAGAUCGGUACACAAAGCUAAGGGCGAAUCGGAGUGAGAGGGAAGGGAAGCUCGUAGCGAGCCUAGGGGUCCUGGAUCGGAGGAUCUACAAACUAUCCUCCUCCUCCCCAUCCACCCCAUCCUCUCAAUCGGAGCAAUCGGAGCCUUCGCCUACCUCCCCGCAUCCCAAACUGGUCAUCUUCCACGCUCUCACCCCCACCACCUCCUCCGACUCCACCUCCACCACCACCUCCACCUCCUCAUCAUCAGAACUAUCCGCCCUCCUAACCUCGGCCGAAAACCGCUACUCAGCCCUCCCCGGCUUCAUCCGAGUACGAAAGUUCGACAGCGUAGAUAUCGUCCGGAGCGGGCUUAGGGUUAGGGCGGAGGGGAGUGAGGGGGAGGAUGUAGGGAGCGUUCUUGAGGUCGUCGAAUUCUCCGACCCAUCCAUCCUCACCUCCGACCCCUUCACAUCCCUCUCAUCCUGGUACACAGACGCCCUGGACCCUCUGUGCUCGUACAGGAGUUUCCGGGCGUUUGGGUUGUGGAAGGAGUAUGAGGCUACUGCGGCGCUUCAGGCGCAGAAGAAGUAGGAGAUUGAGAUUGAUAAUUAGUUGGGGGUGGGGUUGGGAGUAGAAGUGAACAACUGCGUGAACGACGAGUAGGAUCGGCAGGGCGGGGGGCGAGUAGGAAAGGGAUGCACGGGAUUCUUGUGAGCGAAAAUGGGUUGUAUUUCUGAAUAACAAUGAGCAGGAUAGGAUAUCGAGAUGAACUCAUAUGAACAUAGUACGAUCGGAU